UGGAAACAAAAACACAAAUGGCGGACAAAUUUCUCAAAAAAUGAUGUCAAUCUGACUUUUAUGAAUUUCUACUGCAUUAUGCGGUCUAUCAAUUUCAUUCCAAACCACAGUUGCCUUAACAAUAAUAAUAACGCUUAAUAAAAGAGAAAGAAAUUUCAAAGAUGGCUGGUGCACCAGCUAAGGACGAUUUAAUGAAAACUUUAGACAGUAAAUUAGAAUUCGCCGAUUAUGAACAAUGGACAAGAAGAAGUAAACCUAGUAAAACUCUCGUAAAACCUGAUGCAAGUAAAUCUUUUCUUGUUGGAUUGAGAGCUAAAUCUGCAGAACCUUCAAAGGGUAUUCAUGUGCCAACCUACAGAGAAAAGAAGGAGGCAGCUAAACAAGCAGAACUAGAUAAAGGCAGAACUGAAAGAAUUAAGAUUUUAGAGCUCAGAAUAAAAACAAGAAAGAGGACAAAUGAAGAAUACAAGAAAAGAAGUUUUGAACUGCUAAAUGAGAAUAUAAAGAUCAGAUGUGCUGUAGAAACAGAAGAGCAUGGCACAUUGGAUGAUGUCAAAGCUUUACUGAGAAGAUAUGAAAAAUACAGGGGAGGUAUUUCAACUCUAAAUACAAAUUUUUCAAGAGAACAUAAGGAGACAAAAGAUGAAUUACAACAGACAAAGCAGAGAACACAAAUGAUAUUAUCAGCUUUGGAAGAAAAAGUAGAUGCUUUAGAUAGAAAACUGAAAAAUAAACAAGAAGAACUACAUACAUUGUUGAAUUACAAAGAUAAAGAAUACCCUGUGAAGGCCAUGAGGAUUGCAACACUCCAGAAAGAAAUACAAAGUUUAAAAAUAUCAAAUCAGGAAGACCAAGAAGAUUUAGAACACAUAAUUUACACAGAAUUAUCCAAGUAUGAAAAGGAUAGGUCGAAAAGAUCACAGGCAAUCACAAAGGAAAUCACUGAGAAAGCUAUAUCCAUGAUGCAUCCUAGUCUCAAAGAUAUGGCUUUACAGAAUAUGGUUAUGUCAAAGGAAAUAGAAAUUCACAGAAAGAAUCAAGAGCAGUUAAAACAAGAAAACAGACAAAUUGAAGAAGAAGUUCAAAGGUUACUCAGAGAUCCAAAAACUAACACUAGGUAUCAAAUGUUUCCAGAAUUCUUCCCACAAAGAGAAAAAUGUACCCCUGACAUGGAUGUUAUUCUUGAUAUACCAACUCAGCAGUGGUUACCAAUAUAGCAUUUAUAUCUAAUUAUGUGAAUGGAUGACUGCAUGUGUCAAUAGAAUGAGUGUAUUAAUAAUUAUAUUUAUUUUAUUUAUGUAAAUAAUGACCACCUACAUUGGUAAUUAAUAUAUCUGAUGUAAAGUCAGAAUUUUUAAGUAAAUAUGAACAAUAA